AGAACAUCAGGCAGUUAAGUAUAAAAUAUUUAAUGUAAACGUGACUACCUAUAUAACCUGCAGGUAUAUUUUGCAUAUUUUUUCAUAUAACAGAGUUGCGCCCUCUAUCUAUUUCGUGUCAAAAUAAUAAACUGCAUCAAUUAAACGUAAUUUACGUACAAAAAUAAUUUUGUUCAAUUUUUUAAUGCAAAUGCAUCACUGUGUGUCUCCUCUAUAUCCGUUCUUUUCUUAAUCAACUACGUCAAGCUUUAGAAGCGGUAGUCUCACUAUUGUAUUUAGUUGACCCGUGGUUCAUGUCUAUUUCGUUUCAUUCUACCUAAUUCGACCGGCGAUUUCGCUCGAAGGAGCAGUUAUGGAUUCUGCUUGUCAAAAUUCAGAUUUUAGCACUAAAUAUUUGCUUGGUCAGUUAAAUAUAGCCAGAAAAGAAAUUAAUAAUUUAAGGUAUUAUUUGCAUUCUUCUGUCCCAUCCUAUCUUUAUAAGUUCAAAGAAUUACUCAGAGAUAUCAACAAGUUCUACUCAAACAUGCUGUUUUCUGUAUACUUACAUAUUUGUAGUGUACAUAUAACUAUGUACAACAAAUAAAGAGUCUUCGAUAUAUACAUGAAAAAGAUGUUGACAGCAUAAAGCGUCUUUUGGAAUCAUUUAGAAAUGGACCAUCUAUGUCUGAUGCAAAAGUUAUAGGUCCAGAUGAUGUGAAACCUAGCACUAGUACAGAUGAUGAUACCCUAAAAUUAAAACCAAUUGGAGUAAUAUCUACUUGGUUUCCUAGUAAACGUGGUACACCUAGACAAACUGGAGUCUGUGGAAAAGUACCAGGAAAAUUGCUAUUAUAUAAUUCAAUAUUUACUAAUCCUGAUCAUGCACUUGAAGGAUUACAAGAUUUCUCACAUAUGUGGGUUCUAUUCUACUUUCAUAGGAAUGAUUCAACACAUGUUCGUGCCAAAGUUGCACCACCAAGAUUAAAUGGUACAAAAACAGGUGUAUUUUCUACACGUUCUCCACACCGUCCAUGUCCAAUAGGUUUGAGUUUAGUAAAAAUUACAACAAUAGAAAAUCAUACAAUUUAUUUUGAAGGUGUAGAUAUGGUUGAUCAAUCACCCGUGCUAGAUAUAAAACCUUAUAUACCACAGUAUGAUAGCCCUAUAUAUUUUGAGAAAUUAAGUAACAGAUCACAAGAAUCUAAUGUAGAUGAUGCAUUUGAGUGCAUAGAAGAAACUGCCAGAAAUCAAACAUGUGACACAUUCACUACUAAUGUUAGUCUUGGAGAUGAAACAAGAAGUUUACUUUCGGAAUCUUAUUAUAGAAAAGUUAUUAACAAAGCAAAUCAAGAGGCAGAUGUUUCUAGAGACGAAGAAAUUGCUUUAAGGUUACAAGCUGAAGAGUUCCAAAGAAAUUCAAACAUUGAAAGUUAUUCCAGUAUGAGACAUUUUUCUGAAUUAAAUGAUAUCAGUUUGCACAAUAAUAGCGCACUACAACAUAGCAUAGAUGUAACCGAUAUACAUAGAACUGCUCAUACAUUUUCCGACACUCUGUCUGAUCCGCGGACAAGUUUGAAUAUAAUAGGACAUAACGUACUUUCGUCUAAUGUGGAACAACCAGAAAGUUUAGUAGAUAUAAAUAAUAGAUUACAAAAUAUUAACGUAAAUGGUCGUACUAAUAUCGAACCAACGUAUGGAUCAAGAAACAUGGGAUCUAAUUACACAGAAACACAUGCUUCUCGGUCUAGACUUUUAGAUGGAGCUGAUGGACCAAAUACCAUUUGUGGUACAGAUAUAGAUUUAAUUCAUCGACGAUCAUUAAAUUCGAGAAUUGAUAAUUCUCCUGUAAGGAUGGGGGUACGCGAAGCUCCUGAUGGAGAAGAAGGAUUAGAAUCACAAAUUCUUACUCCUUCACAACAUUUACCGAAUCAAGUAAUAAGAACAAUGUCAAACAAUAGCUUACCAGACAGUGGAGACACACAUUUAGUAUUCUCUUCUGAAUCGAGAAACGCUGAGAACAGAGAAUCGGGAACUAAUAUUUCUUCGGAGAUAAGAAUACCAGAAUGGAUAUCGAGACCUCGAACACCUCUAUGUGUAGUAUUUAACGAUCGUGCUUUGAUUCAAUUAAACGAGAUUUUAGGAACUAAAAUAAAUGACCAAAAAAUAGCCAUUGAAAAUGUACUUCGCGAAGAUCCUCGAUCGGUAUACUUGAGACAAAGAUGGGGUAGCCAAUUUUAUACUUUCUUAAUUCAUGAUUUACACAUCACUUGUAGAUUCGAUGACAGCAGGGGUAUAGUAACAGUUUUUCAAGUUAGACAUGCUGGUCGUAUUUGCGAAUGUGGAGAGCCUGAGUGGCAAUGUUUGGGUCAUUCACCACCAUCUUCUUAAACGUACGCAUAUGUGUUUGUAUGUAUGUAUGUAUAUGAAUACGUGCAUUAUUUUUAAAUUUGUUGAUUACAUGUAAAAGGUGAUAGUGAGAAACUUAAUUUAUACACCUUUAGGAUAUUUUGUAUGUCAUAUUCAC